GGUCCCCGCCGCCCGCCCGCCCGCAGCGCCCGGGGCCGCCCGCAGCCGCGCCGAGCCGGGGCCGGGGCCGCCGGAGCCGGGGCCGGAGCAGGGAGCCGGGCGGGCGGGCGGGCGAUGCGGCGGCGGCGGCGGCGCGGCGGGCUGGCGCUGCUGCUGGCGGCGCUCUUCGUCCUCGGCACCGUGAUGGCGCUGCGCACGCUGCGCGCCGCCGACGGGCCGCCCGCCGCCGCGCCGGGGCCGGCAGCACCGCCCCCGCCCCGCCGGGCCUCGGCGCCGCCGCCCGCCCGCGGCCCGGCCUACGACCUGCACGCCUUCUACUACGCCUGGUACGGCAGCCCGCGCUUCGAGGGCCGCUACGUGCACUGGGACCACGCCACGGUGCCGCACUGGGACCCCAAGGUCUCGGCCAGCUACGCCCGGGGCCGCCACCGCCCGCCCGACGACAUCGGCUCCAGCUUCUACCCGGCGCUCGGGCCCUACAGCUCCCGCGACCCCGCCGUGCUGGACGAGCACAUGGGGCAGCUCCGCGCCGCCGCCAUCGGAGUGCUGGUUUUGUCAUGGUACCCACCCGGCCUAGCAGAUGAGAACGGGGAGCCAUCUGACAGCCUUGUGCCAUUUAUACUGGAUGCUGCACACAGAUACGCCAUAAAGGUUGCCUUCCAUAUCCAGCCAUACAAAGGGCGUGAUGACCACACUGUGCACGAAAACAUCAAAUACAUCAUGGACAAAUACGGAUCACACGCGGCUUUUUAUAAGUACAAGACCAGCACCGGCAGGAGUCUCCCGCUGUUUUACAUCUAUGAUUCCUACUUGACACCAGCUGAAUCGUGGGCCAACCUCCUCACACCAUCAGGCUCCCACUCUCUGCGCAAUACUGCUUACGAUGCUGUGUUCAUAGCACUGCUGGUAGAGGAAGGACACAAGCACGAUAUCCUCUCCGCAGGGUAUGAUGGCAUGUACACAUACUUCGCAUCCAAUGGCUUCUCUUUCGGCUCAUCCCACCAGAACUGGAAAGCGAUCAAAACUUUCUGUGACUCCAACAACCUCAUGUUCAUCCCCAGCGUUGGCCCAGGCUACAUCGACACUAGCAUCCGCCCCUGGAACAACCACAAUACUCGGAACAGAGUCAAUGGGAAGUACUAUGAAACAGCUCUGCAGGCUGCUCUCAUGGUCAGGCCAGAGAUCGUUUCCAUCACUUCUUUCAAUGAAUGGCAUGAAGGCACCCAGAUUGAGAAAGCUGUACCCAAGAAGACUCUGACACGUCUUUAUCUGGACUACCUUCCUCACCAGCCUAACAUGUAUUUGGAGCUGACCCGCAGGUGGGCAGAGCACUUCAGCAAAGAGAAAGAGCAGUGGCUGAUGUGACUUUAGUAUUUGCCUUACUGAGAAAGAAGUCCCAUUGACAAAGCUGCGGCAGAGAGGAGCACUUAAGGAAAAAGCACCUGAGGAGAAGCAGCCACAGGAGUGAAGUCUCUGUGCAGAGCAUUCAGCCUAUUCAGGCAGCUGUAUGCAAACAGCAUCCUCCGCAAGUAUCCCAAGGAUUGCUUAAGCCCUAACUCUGAAAUCCCAGGAGAAAGUGUUACAAGGAGCAGAGGAUCGAUCGCUAAACAGCAGUCCAACCUAGCUCUCCUGCAGAUUUAGUGCAGAUGACCCUUUUGCAGCUCUUCUAGAAUCUUCACUGGGCUGCUGGCUUGUGGGUCAGAGAUACGAUCUGUCUUUCUUAUAGCGUGUAUGUUCUGUGGUGUUUUACAUAGUUCGCUGGGUUCCAGCAUGUAUUUUACCUGAUGCCCUUGGCCCACUACCUGCAGUGAUCGCAUAUUCCCUCGCUCUACCAGCAGCCCUGACAAAGCAUUUCCCUAUCAGCUUAAUGAAAAAAAGGAAUAAAAGAUCCUCUAAAUUGUCUACUGUAGACAGAACUAAACCAUGCAAUUACGUACCCUUUGCUUUAUGCAAACUCUUUCAUACCAAGGAGUUCUGCUUUGGGUGUUGUUCCUGCGACCCACUGUAUCCAAAUAACUAAAGAUAGUUAGAGGUGGAAUGCUAGUGAUUAUUUAAUCUACUGUGCGUGUUGGAAACCAAUGAAAUGCAAUGAUCUAUCCUAAAAGCUCUUAUCUGAUUGUUUAGUGUUCCAUGUUUUGAAAUUUAGAUCUGAAGUUGUUUUAUCUUCUUAGCAACUAAGGAACAAAAACACUUGCAAUAAAAAUGCAAUUGAAAAUA